AUGCAGUGCAUUACCAGUGUUGCCAUGUUUACCCCCAUUUCUACCAGUUUCGCAGUAGCGGGCGCGGGCGGCCUGCGCAGGCCCCACACAAGCAGCCGCGUGUGUUUUCCAGCGUCGUCUAUGGCCGAGCAACACAUUACACCGUCGUCGCACUCUGCACUCACGAGAGAGUCCAGCGGGUCUUCUCCUAGCAGGGUGGUGGGCGGUCGGUGGUUGCGUCAGGUGCGCCAAGCGAGUCGCAGCCGUCGCAACAGACGUAACGCUACGUCACCACUGCCGCGCUCCACCAACAGACACUCGGGCCGAGCGACCGACGCCGAGCCGCGGAAGCACGUAGAACUGAGGCGUAGCUCGCGCCUGGUGAACUCGCUACCGCGCUCCGAUUACUCUAUCUCCGAGCGCUGGUCAUACGGGGCGGACUUCUACGAGACCCGCUACGACACCAGCGGCGACGCCUGGAAGUACUCGAAGGCCAACCGGAACCCGUCGCAUGAGCGGAAGGAGCACACACGCCACUCCACCUCGACGAGCGGCACCGCCGAAGAGUGUGUCGCGUACUGCACACGCUCACGCACUGCCCUGCGCUCCAGCGAGAGUGUUUGUGAGCAAGUGCCGAACAGUAUAAAGACACAGCCGUUGUCCCGUGUGCCUCUGAAUCAGAGCUCGACAGCGACACCCGCGCAGGACUGCCAGGCGAAUCAGCCCGAAGGCGGCCUGCUGCCGUUAGACGAGAGGGACUUCGCCUACUCGCCGUUCAGCUCGUCUACUAUAACCGAACUACUCGAUUCCGACUAUUCAGUUUACAGUCCCACGGCCAGCCGCAGGAAGGGCAAGAAGAGGAAGCGUUCUUCGCACCGCUCGCUCUCGAACAGAAAGAGCAACUGCCUGCUGGAACUCGAGGACUGCAAGAAGAAGUUUAAGAUAGAUCCGUACAAGGAGGUGGACGAGACAAGCGAGGACGCGAUAUCCGACAGCCGAGCAGAGUACGACACGGAGAGGUCCGAAUCGGCGACCGCUUCGCACUCCUCCUGCACCUACCUGCUUCGUAACAGGCAGAACCGCGAGCUCGGACCGCCCACCGCGACCGUCAUUAGCGACAAUUCAGCGAGCGCGGCCACGAGCGAGCCGACGCACAGUCGGACCUCGAACGAGAGAAAGGGAUCUGCGGAGUACCGCGGUGGGACGGACAACCCGCCGCCCUACAAAGAUCUGCAAGAGCCCAGUUCGUCGAAGGCGCCUAGCGGUGAGAGCAAGCUACUCAUCGUACCUCGCGACCUCCCGUACUUGAGGCAGACUAACGCGCGUAGGAGCAUCGCUGCUGCGACGGGUGCGACGCUGGGUGCUUGCUUGACGAGGGGUGCCGGUUCUUCGCAGCGUCAGAGGCAGGACACUGCUUCUAAAAGACAGGUGUCGGGAAGCGAGGAGGCGGGCAGCAGCGCGGCGGGAGGGCGGCGGGCGCGUGCUCGCGACAUGCCGCAGCCGCAGCCGGCCUCAACGCGACGGGACAAGCGAGGCAAAAGCAGUCUGGGUUCGUGUGCUAGCACUGGUGGUGCGUCCAGCCGGUCCCACCCCCAACCGUUAACCACGGGUGCCGUGGCAUCUACAUCUUCAACACCGCCGGUGUCAGCUUCGGCCGUUUCGAUGCCAGACAGCGCAUCCAGCGAAGCCAAGCCGAAAGGCAAGGCGUCGUCGUCGGCCGAGGAGUGCGGCAGCGGCGGUGGGGGCGGGGGCGCGGGCGCAUUGGGCGCCGGCGGCGGCGAGGAGUCCUCCUCCGAGGAGGGCGAGGUGGGCAGGCUGCAGGCGCUGCUCGAGGCGCGCGGCCUGCCGCCCCACCUGCUCGGCGCGCUCGGCCCGAGGAUGCAGCACCUGCUGCACCGCACCGUCACCGCCAACUCCGCCGCAUCCAAAGCAGCCCAACUGCUGGCUGGAUUGCAGGCCACUGGUGACGAAGGUCAACAGCUGCAAGCUGUGAUCGAAAUGUGUCAGCUCCUUGUAAUGGGCAAUGAAGACACUUUGGCCGGAUUCCCUGUGCGCCAAGUGGUGCCGGCACUUGUUAACUUGCUUGCAGCAGAGCACAACUUUGAUAUGAUGAACCACGCUUGCCGCGCCCUGACGUACAUGCUGGAGGCCCUGCCGCGCAGCAGUGGUGCAGUGGCAUUGGCGGUGCCAGCCUUCCUCGACAAACUGCAAGCGAUCACCUGCAUGGAUGUUGCCGAGCAGAGCCUCACUGCAUUGGACAUGCUCUCGCGAAGGCAUUCCAAGGCUAUACUGCAGGCUCGUGGUGUGUCCGCUUGCUUGACUUAUCUGGAUUUCUUCUCUAUCAACGCGCAACGCGCAGCAUUAUCCAUUACGGCGAACUGCUGUCAGAAUCUUACACCAGAUGAAUUUCACCUUGUUAGGGACUCGCUGCAGCUGCUAGCUAACAGAUUAACUCAACAAGACAAAAAAUCGGUAGAGUGCGUGUGCUUAGCGUUCUCCCGUUUGGUAGACAGCUUCCAACAUGAUCCAUCUCGACUUCAAGAAAUUGCUACACCAGAAUUACUUACCAACCUGCAACAACUUUUGGUGGUGCAGCCGCCUCUGAUAUCGGGCGGCACUUUCAUCACGGUGCUCCGUCUGCUGUGGGUGAUGUGCGCCGCGUGCCCGCAGCUGGCGCUCGCCCUGCACCAGCGCUCCAUCGCUGACACCCUGCUGUGCCUGCUCACCGGCUCCACCCUGCACCAGGAGCAGGUGGAGUUGAUCCCGCGGCUGCCGCAGGAGCUGUACGAGAUCACGUGCCUGAUCGGCGAGCUGAUGCCGCGGCUGCCGACGGACGGCAUCUUCGCGGUGGACGCCCACCUCGACCGACCCUGGUCGGCGGGCUCGGACCGCAACGCGCACUGGCAGUGGCGCGACGACAGAGGCGUGUGGCGGUCGUACUCGUGGGCAGAGAGCCGAGCGCUGGAGGCGGGCGCGUCCGGCGGCGAGGAGGAGGUGUGCCUGACGACGCUCGGCCGCUCCUACACCGUGGACCUGACGGCGAUGCAGCAGCUCAACGACCACACGGGCACCGCGCGCCCCGUGCAGCGCGUCGCGCCCGCACCGCACGCCGCGGACGCCGCCGCCAGCGCCGCGCCGGAUCCCCGCAUCGCGAUGGUGCGCUGCAACCCUUCACUGGUGCGCGCCCUGCUGGCUGUUCUGCACGAGGUGUACUGGAGCUCCGCCGGGCCGGCCGUCCGCUCGCAGGCCCUCAAAGCAAUCCUGCGCUGCGUUUACUAUGCCGACGCGCCUCUACUACGACAGGUCCUCAAGAUGCAGGUGAUUUCAUCGCAUAUCGCCGGAAUGAUGGCGUCGAGCGACCUACGCAUCGUCGUGGGCUCGCUGCAGCUCGGCGAGAUUCUGAUGCAGCGGCUGCCCGAGGAGAUGGGCGCCCAGUUCCGGCGCGAGGGCGUCCUCCACCAGGUGGCGCAGUUGGCGGAACGACCUCCCCCGGCGCACCCCACACUGCCCCCAGGCCAGCCUCACACCCCGCGGCAGGCCAAGCUCAAGUCCCCGAGCGGUACCAGCGUGCGUUCUUCCGGAGGAUCAUCGCCACCAGCGUCUACGUCUGCAACUACGAUUGAUCACAAUUUGUCCCUGGCCUUCUCCGCUUCCGGCUCCUUCGUCGCAAGUUCAUUACCUACAGCCAAUGAAAGUUCGGAGCCUGGACCGGCAACUUCGGCAUCUACAUAUCCACACGCUCCCGCCUCAUUGCACAGGUCCGGCAGCCCGCUGCAGCUCGCCGAGAUGCUGAAGCGCAAGCGCGCCGUGAAGCGUUCCGGCGGUGCGCCAGCGCGCGCGCCCCGCCGCCGCGACGACGUGGCCGCGCCCGUCGCGCCCGCACCGCCGGCGCACGCCCACCACGCGCACCAGCCGCACGCGUCCGGAAUUCCAUCAGCUGCCCGCUCGACUUCUCGUGUCGGAGGCACUUCGAAAACAUCGUCGUUCCUGUCUUCACUGAACCCGUCGCGCUGGGGACGGACUCCCCACGCGCAUAAAGACACCGGACUUCUCGCCUCUCCGCACACUUCCACGAAUCUGACAGUACAGAACAAGGAGAAGGUGCGCGAGUGGAUCGUGUGGAAGGCGGCGCGGCUGCAGCGCGAGUGGGGCGCACUGGGCGGAGGCGCCGGCGCCCUGGAGCAGCUCGCCACGCUCGCGGCCGCCCUGCCCCACGCGCACCACCGCCGCGCUGCGCUGCACCAGCUGCGCGACACGCUGCUCCACCACGACGUUUCGCCCUUCGAGGUGAACCACUCUGGUGUUUUGGGUGCACUACUACAGUUCCUAACGGGAGGGGAAUCUGAUUCGGAAUGUACAGAGGAAGGAGAGAAUGAUGUCCGCGAUUUGACUCGAGAAAUAGCGGAGUGCGAAGAACGUUUACGUCUAUUCCUGCACGUUUUCGCUGAUAUGCCACUCCUUCCCGACGACAACGAUUGGACGGAGAAGGUGUCCAUCAUCGGCGUGGACUCUGGCGCUGGCCCGUUGACGGCGCUGGUGGGCAAGGUGAACGCGUGCGUCUCGCACCUGGAGCAGUUCCCGGUGCGCGUGCACGACCUGCCAGCGCGCCCCGCCACCUCCGCGCUCAAGUUCUUCAACACCCACCAGCUCAUGUGUGAUCUCAAACGUCAUCCUACUUGCACCAACCUGAAGCAAUGGAAGGGCGGUGUAGUACGGAUAGACCCAUUAGCUUUAGUACAAGCCAUUGAACGGUACCUGGCGCAGCGCGGCUACGCGAGCACGCGGCCCCGCGACGGCUCCUCCGCGGCGGCCCAUUCGGACGACGAGGGCGCCUCCGACGACGACGUCGAGGACUCGCUCGCCACGCCGCCCCACCACCAGCCCGCGGAUUCUGAACACAAACUGGAAUUCCUGAUCGGUGAGACAGUGCUGCCUUAUAACAUGACAGUCUACCAAGCAGUUAGACAAUUUGGUGAGCACACUGAUGCCGACACAGAUACGGAGACGCCUCUAGCGAACGCCGGCAUCUGGGUGCAAACGCAUACAAUUUACUAUCGCGCCGUGGAGGCGGGCGAGUCGCCACGGGCGGACGCGUCGUCAUCACGCAAGGGCAAGGGCCACACCACCAAGCUCUCUCGCGGCGCAAGCCCGACCUGCUGUGGAACGAGGGUA